AUGGUCUCAUGUUUGCCAGAGUCUCAUAUGCCGCCGAUGAUCCUAUACAGGUUAUCUGAGCAACAUGUGACAGACGGCAGUGACAACGGCGGCGGCAGUGACAACGGCGGCGGCAGUGACAGAGGCGGCAGUGACAACGGCGGCAGCAGUGACAGAGGCGGCAGUGGCAGAGGCGGCGGCAGUGGCAGAGGCGGCAGUGACAACGGCGGCGGCAGUGGCAGAGGCGGCAGUGACAACGGCGGCGGCAGUGGCAACGACGGCGGCAGUGACAACGGUGGCGGUAGUGACAACGACGGCGGCAGUGACAACGGUGGCGGCAGUGACAGACGCGGCAGUGACAACGGUGGCGGCAGUGGCAACGACAGCGGCAGUGACAACGGUGGCGGCAGUGACAACGGUGGCGGCAGUGACAGACGCGGCAGUGACAACGACGGCGGCAGUGACAACGGCGGCGGCAGUGACAACGGCGGCGGCAGUGACAGAGGCGACAGUGACAACGGCGGCGGCAGUGACAGAGGCGGCAGUGGCAGAGGCGGCGGCAGUGGCAGAGGCGGCAGUGACAACGGCGGCGGCAGUGGCAGAGGCGGCAGUGACAACGGCGGCGGCAGUGGCAGAGGCGGCAGUGACAACGGCGGUGGCAGUGGCAACGACGGCGGCAGUGACAAAGGGUGCCGGCAGUGGCAACGACGGGGGCAGUGA